GAUGUUGCAUAAGGUUCACGCUUCAUAAGGCAUGCAUGAACUUUUAAUUCGCGGCAAAUUAAAAGCUCAUGCAUUUCUUAAGAAACUCGAACAUGCGAUUCUACGAGGCUUCGGUGGAGAAACAAUUAGACUCGUUAAAAAUUGUUAAAUUUUUGAACCUUAAAUGUGGGAGACUUUUAUAAUAAAAUUUAUAUAACACGAUUUACUUGAUUUCGCGAUUCGGUUUAAAUUAAUUGUGUGUGUACGUACAUCUAUAUUUUAUCAGAUAUCACUUCAGAAUGAUUUAGUAUGGCUCCGGUAUAUAUAUAGGUAUAUAGAUAUUUCGUAUCUUUUCAUUACAUACGUGCAAAUAGUAAUCUUGAUUAUCGCUGCGAUACCGUAUUUAGCAUGAUAGUGUCGCUGUUUACGAGGUAUAAUACGAUCAUCGAGUCCUCCCACGCAACAUAUACGGCAAAAUCUUAUCUGUAUAGUGAAUUACCGAGUCACAUAACGUCAGCUAUUUAGUAGAAUGCACUAGAGUGUACGGUGCGCACCGAGUCUUACAUCACGCGAGUAGCUGCAUGCUUUUUUUCUUCUUCAGAAAUGGCUACCCGAGGUAAAAACUUCGAUAGUAUAAGUCAUCGUUCGGAAAGCGACGGGAGUAUCUUCAAAAUGACGGACUCCGACGGAGGCUCUACGGUUUGUGCGAACAAAACGGAAAAUCAUCACAGUAACGACAAAUCGUGGAAAGAAUCGUCAGAGUUUCUCGUCAAGUAUCGUAAUCGCAUUUAUGAUAUUUCUAAUUUUCUGAAUUAUCAUCCCGGUGGGAAAAACACGCUCAGCCGUCUCAAGGAUCAAGUCUUAGAUGGAGAGCUAGCAAAAAAUCCUCAUUCCAAAUCUGCAUAUUACCUUCUCGAAGAAUUUGCUGUGAAACAACAAGAGAGAUACAACGAAUGCGAAAAUCUGAUUGACUGGAACGCACCGAUCUUAUGGCAAGUGGGUUUUAUGGGCGACCGAUAUUGGGAGUGGGUUAAUCUGCCAGUUAACAGACCUAUUCGCUAUUUCGAAUCGGAAAUUUUAGAGAUGUUAUCGAUUACGCCAUGGUAUAUCUUGCCGAUUGUUUGGUUGCCUAUAGCUACGUAUUUCCUUUACAUGGGUUGCGUCUCAAAAAUUUCGACAAACAUUGCAAUCACAGCACAAAACAUUUUACCAUCUAUUGUUUUGGGACUAUUUAUCUGGACCGUUGUGGAAUACUUUGUUCAUCGAAAAGUAUUUCACUUUGAACCACCGCAUAAUUCAAAAGUAUUAAUUACUCUACAUUUCUUGUUCCAUGGAAGUCACCAUAAAGCACCAUUGGAUGAACGAAGACUUGUAUUUCCACCAACAUUCAGUUUAUUUGUGGCACUAAUCGUUUGGAACCUUUAUAAGCUAAUAUUUCCUCAGGCAAUAGUUCACCUGGUCGCCGCUGGUACUAUGAUAGGCUAUUUAAGUUACGAUUUAAUACACUAUUACUUGCACAAUGGAGCACCUACAGCAGGAUCAUAUCUAUAUACGAUGAAAAGAAGACACAAUUAUCAUCACUUUGUACAUCAUGAUCAAGGAUUUGGUGUUACCAGUGAACUAUGGGAUCGAUUACUUAAAACGGAUCUAAUUCUGCGAAAAUUAAACGAACCUUUGAAAUGGUAAAAUAACUUGAAGAAAAUACAUUUAUUGAUAGUAUUCAUUCAUUUAAUAUUUUUAUUAUAUAAAUAGUAAUAAUUUAUUAUUGAAAUAAUCAUAAUUUUAAUAAGUACAGAAUAUUAUUUUUAUAUAAGUCAUGUUACACUUUCAAACUUAACCACAGGCAUGGUUUAAGUACAUUUCUUAAAUCUUUAAUGUUCAUUUCCACCAAUGCACAUUAAUUUUGAUCUUUGUUUAACUUUUUAUCUUUUUCUAGUUUCAGAUAGAGAUAAAGAGUAAGUUAAACUGAGAUCAAAUUAAUCUACAUUUGAAAUGCACAUGAGAGAGAUUCAUUAAACUUUUUAUAACAUAUUUAAGUGAUUAAAUAAUAAGUCUUUUAAAUAACUAUAAUCAGUCACAAAGUAAAAUAUUGACAAACUUGUAUUUUGAUAACUUUGUUAUCAUGAUAAAUUUACAUUUAUUCUGACUGAAUAAAUGUAUCAAACAAUGCUUUAAACCAG